UUAAAGAAAACUGGAGUGUUUCUUCAAAUAGGCUCAGGUAAGUUUGCAUUUUGCAAACUUGGUUUCACCCUACUGACUCCUCUUCGUUUCCUAAAGAAAAUUGAUUUUAAGCCUUGACUUUAAUUUUCUCAGGUAUUUGCCCAUUUUGUCGAAAAACCCCCAGGUUGCUUAUAGUAGAAGAAAAAGAGUCGACAGCCAUUGUAAGUUCGAAUCCUCGUUCUAUUGACGACAUUGUAUUAAUGCAGACGGAAAAAUUGAAUCUGGUGAGCUUUGAUCCACAUUAGGAUGUUUAUAGUCAGCUUGCCUUCUGUCAUUCUGUUAAGUAUCAGGCAACACCAACAUGCAGGUUCUCCCUAUUCAAUUUGUUUGUCUCUUUAAAGUUAGAAGGAACUGGUGACUAG